GGGGAACACGUUCGUUUGUGCCAGAGCCACUCUCCUGUAACCACGGGAGAUGGGGCAGUCUGUGCCGUGAGGACGGAGAUCGGAAGAAGGAAAACAGGGACAAGAAAACAAGCGAGACCGAAGAGGACAUCUGGAGAAAGCGGAAGGCAGGAGACGGGGAGGGGAAAGCAACCCACGCCAGGUGGAAACAGGACCUAGAGCAAACCGGUCGGGUCCACGUUGUUUCUGGGAGAGAAGAGAGUACGGGAGGAUUGCCUUUUUUCCUGUCAGUUAAUGAAAACUACUUUUAUCCUCAUCAUAAAAGAAAAGGGUAAGGGGAGGUAAAGACAAUCUGUUUUCUUAGGGGAAGAGCUGAGGGAAAUCCGGACUACCUCUUUGAAGCAUCUGAAAUAAGCCACUGCCUGGUACACAUUGCUGAAAGGUCCUGGUUUCUGAAGAGCUACAUCCUUUUUCAGGAGAAUUCCAGCCGGAGUAGCUGAAAGAGAGAUACCUUUCGGAGGUUGAAAUCCUACUGAGAAACAUGGAAAAAGGAGCCAGGCACCGAAACAACACUGGCAAGAACCACCCAGGUGGGAGCGAGUCGGAGGCCAGCCCCGAGAGUUCUGCAGGGGGCGGAGUGGCCCUGAAGAAAGAGAUUGGAUUGGUCAGUGCUUGUGGUAUCAUUGUAGGGAACAUCAUUGGCUCCGGAAUCUUCGUCUCACCCAAAGGUGUGCUGGAGAAUGCCGGCUCUGUGGGCCUCGCCCUCAUCGUGUGGAUCAUAACAGGCCUCAUCACAGCUGUGGGAGCCCUGUGCUAUGCUGAGCUCGGGGUCACCAUCCCCAAAUCUGGAGGUGACUACUCCUACGUCAAGGACAUCUUCGGAGGACUGGCUGGGUUCCUGAGGCUAUGGAUUGCUGUGCUGGUGAUCUACCCCACCAACCAGGCUGUCAUCGCCCUCACCUUCUCCAACUAUGUGCUGCAGCCGCUCUUCCCCACCUGCUUCCCCCCAGAGUCUGGCCUUCGCCUCCUGGCUGCCAUCUGCUUAUUGCUCCUCACAUGGGUCAACUGCUCCAGUGUGCGGUGGGCUACCCGAGUUCAAGACGUUUUCACAGCUGGGAAGCUCCUGGCCCUGGGCCUGAUCAUCGUCAUGGGAGUUGUACAGAUCUGCAAAGGACAGUACUUCUGGCUGGAGCCAAAGAACGCAUUUGAGAAUUUCCAAGAACCUGACAUCGGCCUCAUCGCGCUGGCUUUCCUUCAGGGCUCCUUUGCCUAUGGGGGCUGGAACUUUCUAAAUUACGUGACGGAGGAGCUUGUCGAUCCCUACAAGAAUCUUCCCAGAGCCAUCUUCAUCUCCAUCCCACUGGUCACAUUUGUGUAUGUCUUUGCCAAUGUCGCUUAUGUCACUGCAAUGUCCCCCCAGGAGCUGCUGGCAUCAAACGCAGUCGCUGUGACUUUUGGAGAGAAGCUCCUAGGGGUCAUGGCCUGGAUCAUGCCCAUUUCCGUCGCCCUGUCCACAUUUGGAGGAGUCAAUGGGUCCCUCUUCACCUCCUCCCGGCUGUUCUUUGCUGGAGCCAGGGAGGGCCACCUUCCCAGUGUGUUGGCCAUGAUCCACGUGAAGCGCUGCACCCCAAUCCCAGCCUUGCUUUUCACAUGCAUCUCCACCCUGCUGAUGCUUGUCACCAGCGACAUGUACACACUCAUCAACUAUGUGGGCUUCAUCAACUACUUCUUCUACGGCGUCACAAUUGCUGGACAGAUAGUUCUUCGGUGGAAGAAGCCAGACAUCCCCCGCCCCAUCAAGGUCAGCCUGCUGUUCCCCGUCGUCUACCUGCUGUUCUGGGCCUUCCUGCUGGUCUUCAGCCUGUGGUCGGAGCCCGUGGUGUGUGGCACCGGCCUGGCCAUCAUGCUGACAGGGGUGCCUGUCUAUUUCUUGGGUGUUUACUGGCAACACAAGCCCAGGUGUUUCAAUAAGUUCAUUGAGCUGCUGACCCUGGGGAGCCAGAAGAUGUGUAUGGUUGUGUACCCCAAGGUGGAGGAGGACUCAGGGACAGAGGAGCUACAGGAAGACAUGCAGGAGCAGCGGCAGCCCACUGCCCCCAAGGACAAGGAUGCAGAGGAGCCCUGAGGACCACCCUCCCCUCUCAGCUGCUUCCCUCCUCCUUCAUCCCUCUCUCUGCCCUCCUGCCCUGCCUGGGUCCCCCAAACACACACACACCCCUCUGCCUCUGUCAUUCCGGGGUCAGGACCUGGGUGUGGGUGGUGAGAAACUA